AUAUAAAGGGAAAUGCGCAGCAAAAAUCCAGUUUAAUUGAAUAACACAAUUUGCGAAGCAAAGACGUACUUAUACGCGCUAUAAAGGCGAGUUGCAUAUCUGUAAAAGCUAAAAAUAUCUCUACAAAAACUUUUCUUACAAAAAGUAUUACACACCACCGAAUAAACGGAGUUUUUACAAAGAAGCAGUCAAAACUAAAGGAAGUUAACAACUAAAAUCCAUCAAGAUCUCAUUUGUAAUUUUGUGAGCUGCUUUAAUCUUUACUUCGAAAAAAAAAUGUCUGAGGCUUACUUUGAUGAAUACGAGCACUACAACUUCGACCACGAUAAGCAUAUCUUUUCGGGACGCAGCGGCAAGCAACGUAGCAAGAAGGAGGCCAGUGAGCACACCAACCACUUUGAUCCUAAUGGACAUUCACGCAAAUUAGUAACCAAAUUUAUGAAUACCAACAACAAUCGAAAAACGUGUGCCGCCAAAAACUGAGUGUUGGUCCAAAGUAAAGUAGUAGUGCAGCAGCAGCAGCAGCAGCAGCAGCAUAAGAAGCAGGAGUACAAAUGCGUUACGAUAAGUGAGCUGAAAAUUAAGAAAAAUUAUAAGAAUUAAAAAUUGAAUUGGUGACAAAGAACGGGAGUAGCAGGAGCAUUGAAUUGUACGUAUUGAUUGAGUGGAAAAGGUAAAGAAAAGCAGAUUUUUUUUGUUGGAUAACAGCGCAGCAGGAUAACGAGUUUUCGUCGAGUUUUUUUUGUUGAGCUGAGCGAAAGCAGAAAGUACACAGAGCAGCGCGGGGAGUAUUGACGGCGUGCAGCAGUAGUGACAGCAGCCAACAACUUGCAGAAACUGCCAUUUUUUGUGUGCAGCGUAUGCAGGUUGCACGGCUGUCGUCUACUGCACACCACAGCAUAUAUAAGAGCGGAAACAAAAAAAAAUAAAGAUGUAAUGCAAAUUGCCAAUAUUAAAUGUGAAAAAAAAAGUUUUAAAUACUAAUAACUAGUAGAUACUAUUAUUAGCUCUAGAAUAACUUUGUAACUUACUUAAGUAACUUGAUAGUGGAUACUGGAUAUUCCUUUUUUGCGAAUUUUUUUUAUAAACAAUUAUAAAAUCAGUAAUUGUAUGAGCUCAUAAUUUGCGUAUGUACUUUCAGGUAUUCAAUGCGCUAAUGUCACUUUUUGAAUAUAAUUAUUAAUAUUUUUUUAAUAUUUUGUAUUACUCAUUUUCAUAUUCUUUUUAAUAUACAAAUGUAUGUACAUCAGUAGGAUUAAAACCUUUUGAGACUGUAACAAGUAUGAAGCUGCAGUUAAGUUAUAACAAAUUUAAUGAAUAUUUAAUAAAAUACAAAACAAAACUGAAA